AUUAAAAAAAUAAAUCCAGAAAUUUCCUUGUAUCCCGGGGUAUCAUAAUAAUUGUAUCGCGCUAUAUUCCAAAAAUCUGUUUUGUCGUCCGAAUGUAAAUUUUUGUGGCGAUUUAAAAGUUUGGAAUAUGUGUCGGUAAUUUUUUUAUUCAAAUAAAACGUAAUUUUACACAUUUCCAUUCCCGUUUAUAUCAUAUCUAGAUCAUUGAUUUUAUAACCUAGUAAAAGUCAGAAUAAAAUUCAUGUUUCGAAAGUGUUUAGAUUGUAUUAAUGUUUAUUUUUUAUGUAGAAAUACACCGUAAAUAUAAAAAAAGAGAAAUUGAAGUCCAUGUCAGCCACAAGUUUCCACAUUUUCGUAUACCGCGAUACUACGAGACUCUACAAUUUAGGAGGUAAAUUAGACUUCCCGUUUUAAAAAUAGACAAAUUAAACAAUGCAUACUUGAGAAAUAAGUUGACACUAAAACGCUAGGCCAUAGAUUGGUUUAUGGAUAGUAUUUGAUGAAAGUAAAAGUUAAAAAUUGGAAUAACACUUUUUAUGCAAAAGGAUUCAGUAUCGCGAUAUUAUGAGACACCAGUAUACCUAAAUCACAAAUAACCGCGUUUCCGGGGAAGUGUCUGCGUGCUCUAAGAGGAGGAGGGUGUGUGGUUCAAGGUCACUUUUACUUGCUUUGGUGUAUAUAAUUAUUAAUUAAUUUCCUAUACAGAGUUGUCGUACAUUCCUCUCUCAGACACUUUCAAUGUAUGAGCCGAUGGUACAGAGUGACACUUAAUAACUGCAAAUGCCAUGCCCCCCCCCCCCCCCUCCCGUGGGUUAUGUUCUAUAGAGUUACUUACUGACAUUCGCUGCAGGGUCAUGACAUAUUCUGAAACAUUGAACGUGUAUAAAUAUUACAGAUAUUACAAUAGAGAUAAACAUGAUGUUUUUAUAACCAUCGACACUAUGAUACAGUGUAACUACAGUGUUCUUUGUUAUAGGAUCUUAGAAUAACAGUUAUACAAAUGCAGAUUUCCUUUUUUUAGAGAGAAGUUUCAAAGCCCCCAAAAAAGAACAAAAAAUCCCCCCCCCCCAUUUUUUUUUCACAUGCAAAGAAAGACGUUUGAAUUUCAAUAUACUUCUCCUUACGUAUCGAUUAUAUAACACGUUUUUUUUUCUUCAGAACUUUCUUAAUCAGAUCCUUUAUAGUUAUGUGUCUUUUAUAGAAUUACAUGUAAACAUAAUCAGUGUACAUGUUAAUAUAAUAUAGAUCAGCAGUGCUGUUUACUGAAUGCGUAUUUGUUAUUUCUAAACUUUUUAAAGUAUUUGUUUUACCGUUACAAUGAAAUACGUGUCUUUUAGAAAAUAAAAUGACAAGCACGUAUGCAUGAUAAAGAAAUACAUGUAUACAGUGCCUUAUGUAAACAGAGCCUCGUGCGGCGACAAUUUAUCCUGGGACAGAUGGUCUCACAUUUUCAUAACUUUAUAUUAUACAGCUUAUCAUACCCGAAUCCCGUCCUCAACUUCAGUUAAUAGAAAAGUUAUAAUAUCCAAGCCAAGAAAUACCGGUCAUUUUCCACGACGACGAGGUCAAUAAAAGUUUUAUUUUGUUAAAGUUAAAGAAAAAAGAACUUCUAUCCCAGGAAAUUUCUUUCCUGGUCCCUAUCCACACCACUGCACUUUUCACUCUGUUUUGGGAACGAAGUAAUAACGCAUUGGGGGGGGGGGGGGCUAAGAAGUUUCUUCCGAUGUCCUAUAAAACAAAAUGAGAACACGUUAAAAUUUAUAAGGCACGGGGACCAAACAUUUUUAAAAUGCACUGCAAGAAAAUUCUUUAAAAAAUCAUUCUCAAAAGAAAAAUUAUAAGUCUGAAACUACAAAGAAGUUCAUUUCCAGUAGUCAGUUUUCGAUGUGGCGCCUUAAAAGGUAGGAGUACUUUCCUGAAGGCGACAUGUAGACACUGCCUUAUCAAAUGAUUAUUCCCCCUCCCAUCCCCCUUUCAAAUCGAAAUCGUGGAUCCAUACCUGAUGACUUUGGAAUGCUUGACAAAAUUAGCUUAAUGUACUUAAAGCGACAAUAAUGAUAUACAAUUAAUGUCCUUGUAUUAUUUUCAGAUAAAUAUGUCGAAAAUCAAAGCAUACUCAUGCGUUGGAUGCCAUAAGCGAUUAAAGAAAAAUGAGGGGAGAUUUCUGCACGGAAAGAAAAAUAAUGGCCUCAGAAAGUUUUUAUCAAAAGGCUUUUGUUACGGACAUACUUGAGAAUGACAUUGUCUGUAAUCGAUGUAGACAACAGUACUACUUUACACGAUCUAAUAUUCUUACAUUUAGAACACCCAUUGCUUCUGAUACAUGUAGUGCCAAAAAAGAAAACAGUGUUCCACCGAUUACAAUACCGGUGUCUUCUGCAGGAUACCGACAUGAUGCAUGUGUCAUAUGUGAGAAAAAGGCCCGCAAACUAGUUGUUGUUCCAGAAAAAGCAAGGUGUGAGAUGUUCGUGCAAAAUUUCAUUUUUAUGAAGCCUGGGGCUAGGUGCUGCCCGUGCCAUAUUCAUAAUGGUUAUUUUGUUGAAGACGUCUUAAAAUCGGGUGUUUCAUCAAGUCUUCGCUGUUACACGUUCUUCGAUGAAAUUGGUCUUGCCGAGUUUCUUGAAAGCUUGCGAGAUGUUGCAAAACGCAAUGGUUCUGUUCGACUUGACUUCGACAAUGAUUCCAAUAUGUCUGAUCAGGAUUACAUCAAUCUUACGGGUUUAGACAGAAGACAAUUUAACGAGGUUGUCAGCUACAAUCAAGAUAUAAAGACUUCUAAAUCUAGAAGUAUUAGAACCUGCAUUGCUGUAUUGCUCGUCAAACUUAGAUGUGGCCUUGAAAACAAGAUUAUGUGUACCCUUUUCAACAUGAACAAAUGGCAGAUUCGUCGUGCUAUAUCGUCUGCACGGAGGGCAUUAUUAAAAGAUUUUGUCCCUCAGAAUCUUGGAUUUGGCCAUCUCACUAGAGAAGACGUAAAAUCUAACCACACUAGACCACUGGCUAAAGAGCUUUUUUCUCCUGGUUAUGAACAAGACCCACCUGUCCUACUUGUUCUUGACGGGACGUACAUUUAUAUACAGAAAUCAUGUAACUUCAGAUUUUCAAGGCGCUCCUUCAGUAUGCACAAACACAGGCCAUUAGUGAAACCGAUGAUGGUAGUAACUACGUCAGGAUAUGUGGUAUCUGUCCUGGGGCCGUACCUUGCCGACUCGAAGAACAACGAUGCCGGAAUCUUAAACCACAUGAUCCGGAACAACACAGAAGAAAUGCGAGACUGGCUACAGGAUGGUGACACGUUCAUCGUAGAUCGUGGAUUCCGGGAUAGUUCGGAGGUGCUUGGCGACAUUGGUGUCAACAUGGAAAUGCCUUGCUUUUUGCAGAGGGGCACAUCUCAACACACCACACAGGAAGCUAACCAAUCACGCUUAAUAACCAAGGUGCGGUGGGUUGUCGAAUCAGCCAAUGCGAGGUUGAAGAGAUGGAAAUAUCUGAAUCAUGUCAUACCAAAUACACAGAUUCCCUUCAUUGGCGACUACGUAAGAAUCGUGUGUGCCCUCUGCAACAGAUUUACUUCCGUCUUAAGUUCUGGCAAUGCGGAAGAGGAUCAGGCCAUGGCCCUAAAAAUGCUGCAUCUCUCCAAGCGGACAAACGAGCUACAGGAAUUUGUAGAAAGUAAUGGACUGUCAAACAGGACAUAUUCAUGGCAAAAAAUUGACGCAGCCGGUUUUGCGCAAGACUUCCCUAAACUGUCUGAUUCCGAAAUUCGCCAGUUAACGCUAGGAGUGUACCAAGUAAAAAUGGCAAAAGCAUACACUCAGGAACACCUACAGGAUGACGGUACAUACGAAAUUCUUGUGAACGAGGACCUGGAUGGUAUUAUUGGAGCCAAAAUUCAGAGUCGUCAUGUCAGUUCCAAAAAGUACUCCUGUUGGGUAAAGUACGAAGAUGGUGUUGUCAUAUCAUGGUACUGUAAGUGUAAAGCCGGCGCACGCAUUGUUGGUUGCUGCGGACAUAUAACAAGCGUAAUUUGGUUUUUAUCGCAUGCCCGACACCAGGAUAAGCCCGUGCAGUUAGUGCGUGAUUGGUCAGAACACCUCGAGGACGCAGCUCGCGUGAUCGACGAUUCUGACAGCGGCGAGGAGAGCUCAACUGAAGAAUAG